AUGCCCCUCUUUCAUGAUCCGGAUCGACGGGCCCAGCACCGCUGGUCGGGUGACCAUAGCGAGCCGGAACAGCCAGCCCCAGGGUCCCCUCGGGAUCAGGCUGGCGAAGACGACGGCCGCGGACGUUAUAUAGUCGGAUCAGCUGGGAUGGCUAUAGAUUAUACGUCCAUGGAGCCGUCUCCGUCCAAAAUUUGGGCCAACGAUCGGCAGGAGCUCAUACAGCGAAUUAAAGAGUCAUCGCCGUGGAGAUUGCAAUAUCAGCCACAAAACACCAACACUUGCGAAUCCUAUACGCCUCAUAGUUCUAUACCGCCCCUUAACUCGCAGGCCGACGAGCGGAUGGUAGAGCAGGUCUCAGAGAACCAACGCUGUGGGGAAGAUACCGAAGAACUGGGCUCGCCUGCCGAAAUCCAGCGUCCUAGAUCUGCAUUACACUCUGGUGACUUUAGAGAAGGCUCCCCGCAUCAUGGGGAACAAUCACCACAACCUCGUUUUGCGGAACCCAGCCCAUCCUCGCCAUUUCCCCGCCUCGGCACUUCUCCUACAACGCCGUGGUUUGGAGCAGCUGUUUUUCAAAGCAACCAAAGACAGUUCAACCCCUUUUCCGAUCGCCAUGAACCAGAACAUGUUCUACAAUCACGAUCCCGAGCACCGUCGCUUGGAUCGUUCUCGUCGAGCUAUGUUCUUAAAGCCCCGACAAGCCCUCUAGUCUACCAAGCCAACAACACCGAUCUAGACUUUUCGCCUCGGGUUGAUUCCGCAGAGCCACUAGGACCAUUAGAACGGGCUAAUAGACGACGAACUCUCCCACCGGAGACUUUUCGGCAUCUGCACUCCAGUCCCCCUAACCUACGGACGGUCAAUAUUGGCAGUCCAUGUCCCAAAGGUAGACAAGAUGGGCAUUUCCAACCUCAUCACGCCCCUCGUCGGUCCCUUGCCUUGUCAUAUAGCCUGCAGCUUGCUUCUACGGCGAAUACGCCUGCGUUUCGAGCACGGAGACCUUCUCUUGCCUCGGAGAUCUCUCCCAAGCCUCAUGCACCGAUGGUCGGGUCGUACGAAGAGUCUAUAUUACGUGGUCGGAUGUCUAUGAACCCGUCUAAGCCGCUAGACUUCACUGCUCAAAUCGGAGUUCUAGGAAAAGGCAACUGCAAAGGACAUCUGAGAUGUCCUCCCCAUGUGACAGUCCCGUUCCCGGCUGUCUUCUACAGCUACCCGACUUCGGGGAAUGGCCGGUCGAUCGCCGACGAUAGUCCCAGUCCCUAUGUUGGGCAAAUCGACCUAGAAAAUUCGCUACCCAAGGAUGGAUCCAGUACGACCCGGCGUCGUAAACAUCAUUUCAGCCCAUCCAAGGCCCCGGAAGAAAUUGUCCCAAUCGAAUCGGGCGCUCAGCGAGCCCCAGACGCCGACUCGCGGCGUCGUCGGGAGAAGAAGAACCGCAGAGCGGAGUCUCCCAGAUGCCCCCCUGGUGGGAGCUACCGAAUUCCCCAGCAAGGACAAUUACAAAUCAUCAUCAAGAACCCGCACAAGACUGCGGUCAAGCUGUUCCUCGUCCCUUACGAUCUCAGCGAUAUGGAGCCCGGCACAAAGACGUUCAUCCGGCAAAGAAGUUACUCGGCAGGUCCGAUAAUUGACAUGCCCCUGAGCGUGCGAAAGAACUAUGGAACUGAUCGUCCAGAAGCCUCGUUAAACCCAACGGAGGACCCCCAAGACAAGCCAAUCUUGCGGUAUCUCGUUCAUCUAAACAUCUGUUGUCCCUCCCGGGGUCGCUUCUAUCUGCACUCCAGCAUUCGGGUUGUCUUCGCAAACAGAGUCCCGGAUGGCAAGGAGAAACUUCGGAACGAGAUUCAAUUGCCAGAACCUCGAUACAGUCCGUAUAAACCCGUUCGCGAGAAUCCGCUUUCCACUUCUGCCGGAGCUCGACUAGCGAUCGAGAAAGCAGCUCGCCGGCGAAGUGCUGGUCAAAGCGGAUUCCCCGUGUUACCGAGCUAUAUCUCCUCGCCAAGUGAUGGCCCUCUACAUUGGGACGAAUCAGAGUCAAUGGACCUCGUGGAGCCUUCGCAGACAUCCCGCCAGUCUGGCACUGUAUAUAACAAGCUCAACAAGGGCGACGUUGGCUAUGGAGGCUAUCCUUAUGCUUCUAUCCAGAGCGGCUCUGAAAACGGUGAGAGCUUACUUGCCAAGCGACUUCGCGGCCUGGAUGUUCAUAAACACGAGGCCUUUGACAAUAACUGA